GUCGCCGCUCGCGGAAGCGGGCGCAGGAAUGCGGCCACACCGCCGCUACAGUGUUGUUGUUUUGCACUCGGUCCGCCAUCGGGACGCUUCUCGAACUUCCUCGCCGGGAUCAGUGAUCCACCGGCUUGCCAGCAAUCGCGACCGCGGGACUUGCGUGAUCCCGAGAGAGCCGAUCGCGUCCACUGGGCAUAUUUCUGAGGGAUUCUGGCCAAGUGGAUGUAUACAGGGUAUGACGACUAAUGUAAAAGGAAGCAACGCUUUAAAGGUAAAGAAGGAGGUGGGAGAGAAUGCCCCCGUCCUUAGCGAUGACGACUUGGUGGCCAUGUCCGUGCGGGAGCUGAACCAGCACCUGCGGGGCCUCACCAAGGAGGACGUGGUGCGGCUGAAGCAGCGACGGCGCACGCUGAAGAACCGCGGCUACGCCGCCAGCUGCCGCAUCAAGCGGGUCACGCAGAAGGAGGAGCUGGAGCGGCAGAAGGCGGAGCUGCAGCGCGAGGUGGACAAACUGGCGCGCGAGAACGCCAGCAUGCGGCUGGAGCUGGAGGCACUGCGCUCCAAGUACGAGGCCCUGCAGUGCUUCGCGCGGACGGUGGCACGUGGGCCGCCCGCCACCGGCAAGGUGGGCGGUACCAGCGUCAUCACCAUCGUCAAGUCUGCCGCCCACAGCCCAAACUCCACCCCCUUCUCCGCCCCUUCCUAGUGCUUAUGGUUUUUCAAUUGAGGCCCACCUUUUUCCUGGCCCCGCCUCUGUCCCGCCCAUGAUAAUAGUUCAUUGGCUGGGGUGAGCCAAGGGGAGGAGCUUUGCCAGGUGACUUUGGGAAAGUACAACGUUCACCGCUUUCCCACAUACUCUGUGUUGCGCACUGUGCUUCAAAAUUUCCAGCACCGGCAAGGCAACCGUACUGCUUGUGACCUUUUACCCUUAUCUUGACAGUUAAGCACUUACAGUAUAAAAUACUAAAAUAUGAAUAUCCAUAUAUACAUGCACAUGCAGGUGUGAGAAAAUGCGAAUCCAUUGGAAUUAUCUGUAUUUCUGCUGAUUGAAUCUGAUCUAAGGCUCAUAGAUGUUAGAUCUAUCAAAGGGGGCAGAACAUUUUGCAUUGCAAUAUCUUUAAUGGUGAGAUCUUUGUUUAACCAGUCAAGGGCAUUGAGUGGAAGAGAGAUAUUUAGUAAGUAGCGGAACUUCUUUUUUUUGGCAGUAAUCUCGGAUGCUUUCUCUAUCUCCUGCUGACCAGAGCUGGGCAGUUGUUAGGGGGAUUUUGGCCCGUUGGCCCAGUGCUGUUUCACUUCCUGUAUAUUUUUGCAAUAUCUUCCUUGAACAGGCUGCUUCAGGUCACGCCACAGCAGUUCAAUGCCAUUAAGGUCAGGGCUCUAGAAGGCAGAUUGCCUUCCACAUGAGCUCCUCUGUUGUUGAUUAAUUCCCACAACAGUUUUGGAUCUUUGUCAUGGGGAACCACCGGACUUCCCUUGUGGUUUAGAUAAGACAGACGUGCUGAUAUUCUGCUGUCGGAUUUUUCCCCGAUCCUGAAACUUGGAAUUCAGCGGUUCCUUGGUGAUUGCAAGUCAUCCAAGCAGCGACGAACCAUAAUCCGCGCUCUGUCAUACCUCACGGGUAGGAUGAGGAAGUGGUGCUGGCAUGUGGAUCUUCGUUUUCUGCAAACACAACAGUGUCUGUUUACCAGAAAGCUCGACCUUUGUCUCGUUUAUCAAUGGAGUACUGUCUAGAUAGUGAUGCAGAACAUACAGGUGCUCUCUAGCAGCCUUCUGAUAGGCAAUAGUGUUUUUAUUCAUUUAUUUAUUUUUGGAGCGGUGGUUUCCUCUGUGGAUUUUACAAGCCGUUUAUGCAGAAAUCCAGGUAAUUCCAAAGGGUAAACAUUUCUUGAAUCCCAAAUGUGUUACAUGUAUUUAAUACCAUCUGGUCUCUACAGAGAUUACAUGAAAUCAAUUGGAAUUAACAGCCAAUCAGUUUUGUUUUGUCUGAGCUAAGUGGCUGGAAUAGCGCUUCCUGAAAUCUAUUACGUUACACAAACUUUGUUUUCAUUUUGCAUGGAGGUCAAGGACAUCCCAAAACGAGAGCCGUUGGAAAAUCUGAUGAUAAAUUAGGGGCUGCUUAAAUCUGAAAGAUAUUCAGUUUCAUAUUUAUUAUGACUUCAGACUAAGGAAGAAAAUGUCAUAAGUUAACAAUAAAGUGAGCACUUGCUUUAUGUGUUUCGUAAGCUUUUAAACUCUUGCUGUUAUUGCCAUGAUGCGUGGUAGGUAAUCCAUAUUGGAUAUCAUACGAAGGGGAAACUGCCUUGACAUAGAAACACGGUUAUGUCCUGUAUAUUACAGAUGAAAACUACUUUUACAAUUUUGGUUUCAGCCCAAAAGCAGCAAAACAGCGUCCUGGUUUCAGGUUUCAGGCUCUUGUCAUGCUAGAGAUCCGUCCCGGUAUGGAACAUUCCUCCUUCUUACGUGACGUUUAACCGCCGGUCUUGGUAGCUUUCACACAAGGCGUAAUAGUUGCCUGGAGGUGGGAAACUCCGACCCAGCAGGGCUGCAGAACUCCGGGUUUAACCACUCGUAUCUCGAGGUGUUACACACCAGUAAGUGGUUAACAGGUUGUGCAACAAAACAGAAUACCACGCACCUCCGUCACGGAGGAUGGAACCUCAGCCCCACCGCCCUUCAGGACCAGCUUUUUUUUCUCUUUUGUACAUCAAAGUCAAGAUAUGUUUAAACGAGAUCUGUUAAUAUACGGUUUAUAUGCUUAGUUUUUAAAUGGCUCUCAAGGCUGUUCACCAUCCUUCUUUACGACCCUUUUCCUUGGAAUCAAACUCCCUUUGCUUUACGACUAAGCGAGAUCAUUAUCUUUGCUUACCAUUUGUACAAUGUAUCCGCAUUUAUCGUUUUGUUCAUUUUGUGUCUUCCUGUCUAAUGAGGGGUUUGUGUUUUGUAGCCCCAACUGUGCGCCUUUGACUGCAAAGCGUUCUCCCGCAUGCCUUCUGCUGACGGUAUAUGUACUUUUGAUCAUCAACUUAAUUCACGACAACUGACAGCUUUUACAGUAAAAUAAGAGCAUAUAGACGUGCAGUCGGUUAGAGACGCAGUGAAUAAAAAUACUAAUUAAGCGUCUAGGCUAUUUUUACGCGUGUCGUAGCCUGAAGCGCUACGCACCUGAGCUUGGGAAGUUUAAAGAAAAUUAAGUGUCUUUAGCAUAUGUUCCGUAUUCCUCCGUUGAGCGGGAUUACUGUAACACUGUUCGUUUUCCACCAUAGUGCCUCUGUGUGACCCCGAUGCUGUAGAAUCUGCCCUUAAACGUGGAAUCUGGUGUUGCAAAACACCUUAGUAUUUAUAGGCGAAAAUCGAUUUUCCUGCUUCUAUACAUGAAAUCAAGCGUGUCGUUUUUAAUGUUGUGUUCUUGGAACCUUAACUGUUAUAACUUUAAAAACGCGGUGUGCGUUAUAGUGAAUAUGUAUUUGCUAAACAAGAUGUACGUUAUAGAUACUGGAAAAUGAUUUUUGCAUAGGAAUAACGUUUAAGGUUGUGCUGGUGCAUUUGUAGUCUUGUCAGAACAGGAUGUAAAUGUGCAGUAUUUCGCAAGCUCUCCUUCUUGCCUUUUAUCUGUCACUAUUCAUUUCUAUUCGCAAAUGGUUCGUUCGUGGAGCAGUAACUGUGAAAAGCACUGAUUAAGGUGAAAUGUUUGUGACGUCCGACGCCACCGUGUGAUGCCUUUAACAAGCCAGUGUUUUGGCAGAUGUUUUACAUGGUGAUUUCAGCACAUCCAGAUCAAUCUGUUUCAUUAAAUAAAAGUCAAAAAAAGAAAACUUCUACAUAGAAAGUUGACAGUGUUUUGUGUUGUGUAUGUGCAGUGUUUGUGUUUGUGUCCGCGAUGAUCACAGGACACUUAGUGUUGUUUUUCUUUUCAAUCCAACUCGGUAGACCCCCACUGUUGGUAUCGCCGAUCCCGACCCCAGCCCAAACCUGCCUAACUAGGCAUAAUGUCUUCUCAUGUCCCCCGCCUUACUGAUGGCCUUGCCUGGUAGUAUACCUCAUGUCCUGCUCCCUAUAAUAAUAUACACAUUUAAAUUACUAGGUGGUAAAACCGUAUUUUAACGCUAGAAUCAGAUCUCAAAAUUAAACGGAAGAAUCGAUGCAUUCAAUGCAGUGCGUCAGUGACCUUUUGCGGUAAGGUCGGGACCAGAGGCGCUGUCGGGGAGUGUCCAUGAACCAGCGUCCAGAAGCAUGGAGGCAGAAAGGGAGAGAGUGCUCUUUAUAAUUUCAAGUUUUAAAUGAUGUUAAUGACGCAGAGCAGCGAGACAGAAAGUGAGAGUACAAAAAGGAAGUGGCUGCUUUCCGGGGUGAAUCUCCGCUCCCUGUGUGGUCUUUAGGUCUGAAUCACUCCGUGUCUCAUCGUUAUAUAGUCAUCGUACACAUUUGUCAGUUCUUCCGGCAUCUUUGAGUAAGUAAGCCAUUUUCUACAAUUAGUUUUAAUCUGUGUGUCCUAACACCAGGGAGGUGAGCAGGUCCGGGUCUUCGAAGUUCGGUAUUCCCUCUUGCGAGUAACGUAACAGACACGAGCAUGGAGGACAAGGGAAGACAGUCCAAUCUUUCAGCACCUAGGCUCUCCAGCGGCCACCUUCUAACGUUUAUCACGUCUAUGCACCAACUGAUGCAUGUAAAACCUGCACGCGAUUAUGAACACAAUCCAUCUAAAUGACUAUUUUGCGUUAAAAAAAGCAUAUAAUAACAAAAAUGUUUGUUUAUGACAUUGCUGAAAAGAUAAAAAGUCAUUGACUUGAUAAACUCAAUAGGACACUUGUAGAGUGUGUAACCAUGCAAUGUUACACAUCGUUUUGUAAAGUGUUACAUGCAAUGCUGUGGUCCAGCAUUAUCUUUAAAAGGACACCACCAGCAGGGGCGAAGUAUGGCCAUGCAGAUCCAGGGGGCGCACCUUUCACGGGAGCCUGUGAAUACGUACAAUUAUUUACAAUGUGGGGCGGGGAGCCUACAAUUUCUAGCUACUUCUCUGUCCACCAAUGGGCAGUUGCUGUGCUCCAAUAAUAUUGUCAUUUCCUGUUUUAUAUGCAUUUUAAUUUCAGUACUUCCUGUCAUGUUAUUUUUAAUGCAGAUGCGAACUGUUGCGUUUAACGCUCAUUCUGAUAUGCUAAUGGACUGCCCACACACACAUUUUGUUCUAGUCUUCUUGAAGUUUUGAAAAUGACAAAGUAAAUUAUUGCUGUAUAUAAGAGUUUACCGUUUGUUUUUUUGUACUUUUAAUAAAGUCUCUUCCCUCCCGUGAAAACAGUAGGCAGAAUGCUAAUUCCAUGUACUGUAAUGCAGCUGCCACCACACUAACCAGCAUAGUGGGAAAAUGGAAACUAUGUUCUGAAACUACGAUGCUAUGAGAUCAU